AGAGUUGUUACAGAUCGUUAGUUUCGUCGCAGUCUUUCCCAUAGCAAUGUUGCCGAAAAUACUUAUAUUGCUUUGCGCUUUUUUACCGGAAAAGGCCACAGGAUCCACAGUAAAGCCAUUGCGUUAUAAUCUGAAGAUCCUUACGCGCCUGGACGCCGGAGGUGCUCGGAAUCUGUUUGAGGGCAUCGUAUCCAUCGAUAUUGAAGCAACAAAAUCAACUCGCUUCAUCUAUUUAAAUUCCAGCGACUUGUAUAUUUUAAAAAGAAAAACAUGGCUUUUGCGCUGGGCCAGCGGCAAAAAACUUAGUGUACUCCAGCUACAGAAAAAUGUUAGGGAGCCCCGCGUGGUUAAGCUAGUAAUCGAACUUCCCCUCAGAUAUGGCGAGAAAUACACACUCAACAUGUUCUUCUCGAGGAAUUUUAAUCAAAAGGGACAUGGCUACUAUGCCAGCUACUACGAUAAAACGCCGAAAGUGUUCUACUCCAUGACUCGUUUUGAGCCGGAAUAUGCCCAAACCGCGUUUCCCUGCUUCGAUAACCCACACUUCCGGACCCCUUACAACAUAACCAUGGUGCACGACAGGAAAUUCGUUGCACUCACCCAUAUGCCCCCCAUAAAGGAGACACCAUACGACGAAAUCGAAAACUAUGUUUCGACGACAUUUAUGGGAUCACCACCGCUAGCCACUCACCAGGUCAUGUGGACUCUCCACAGUCUGCAGAAAGUUUAUAGUGGUCCUACGGCUACGGGUGAGAAUAUAACCGUCUGGUCACGGCCGCACUUGGCGAAGAGUUUGGCGAAGGUGGCGGAAAUGACGCCCAAGUUGUUUAGAAAUUGCGAAACCUUGUUCGCAUAUCCAUUGCCCAAAGGACCGGAUUGGAGUGGGAAACUCGAUCAUAUAGUGAUGCCGGAAUAUACGGAAUUGUAUAGCGGCCAGGGUCUGAUGGUGUACGGCGAGGAUAAGGUGAACCCAGGCCGAAGGGGACAUGAAAGCCUGCAGGGAAUGCUGGCGGAGCUGGUGGCACGCCAAUGGAAUGGCCUUCUUGUGAGCUCCUCAGACUUGAAUGAAGUAUAUGUGCGGGACGGCGUUAACUACUAUCUGAGCUUCCAGGCGAUGGGCAUGGAGAAAGAGGGCUAUAACAUGACUUACCUCCUAAGAACGCGUCUAGAUGUUUUGUAUUAUGACUCCUUGGCCAAAGAAAAGGCCAUAGCUACCGAUGUAAGGAGCACCAGACACCAAAAAUUACGCAAAAACAAAAUGUGCCUGCUCAUCCACAUGAUUAAGGUGGCCAUCAGCGAUAAGUUGUUCUUUAAGGGACUGCAAGAGUUCAUUAAGCGGUACGCCAACUCCUCCGCUUUGACCACGGAGCUGUGGGAGGAGCUCCAGCGAGCGGCUCGUCAAACUCACCAGCUGCCGAUCGGUGUGAGUUUACACACUGUGAUGGAGUCAUGGCUAAAGAAACCAGGUUUCCCGCUACUCACAGUCCAGCGAGAUGAUGAAAAGCAGAAGGUGACUAUUACGCAGAAACACUAUAAUCCGAAAAAAAUGGACAUCAGCUCCAAGGACUGCUGGUGGAUCCCCGUCGUAUAUAUCGUCAAAAAUCUCCCGCUCUCCCAGGUGGAGUGGCUUGGCUGUCAGAGAAAGAAAGCAGAUAUCUUGGAACUCAAACACAUCGUUAAUCCGAAAGAUUGGCUGUUAUUAAAUGUCGAUGCUGCAGUUCCUCUUCGCGUCCUCUACGAUUCAUACAACUUGCAGCUGAUUAGUACGGCUCUGCUUCAGGAUUUUACCCAGAUUCCGGAGCUUAGUCGCGCCCAGUUGGUCGAUGAUGCCCUCAGUUUCGCCUGGUCGGGUCUGUUGCCGUAUAACGUCACCUUAAAAGUGAUCUCAUAUCUUUCAAAGGAGACUAGCUUUGUGGUUUGGGAAACAGCACUUUUUCAUUUGAAGAACCUGCAAGGCAUCAUGAGAUUGACUACGGGUUUUCGUAUCUUUAAGCUUUUCAUGAAAAAACUUAUGAAGCCAGUUUUUAAAGCCGCAAUAAAGUCCCUUCCAAUGAAAGCCAGAACAAGUCCGGAAAUACCGAACAUCCCCAAAAUAUUCCUGAACACCACGAAAACCGAAAAUAAAACGGAUUCUUCGUUGCCGAUGAUUUUAUACCAGCCGGCGUGUCAGUUCGAAGUCAAGGAAUGCCUAGCGGAUGCACAAGAGCGAUUUCAGUCGGCGAUAGAGCAGAAAUCCAUCUCCUCCAUUCCGGAAGAGAUUCGAGAAACCGUGCUCUGCAGGGGCAUUCGCAACUCCUUGGAGGAUGAUUGGGUAAUGGUGCGGGACAUGUACUUCGAGGCCAAAAACGAUAAAGACAAGAGCAUACUCCUGAAUUCCCUCAGCUGCACCACGGAGUAUUGGGCGAUGCAAAAGUUGCUCAAGUGGGCCCUUGACCCAGAAAUGGUUCCAAGCACGCUGACUGCUGGUCUCCUGAGCGCCGUAAUGCGAUCCUCAUUGGGCUACUAUGUAGGCAAAGAGUUUCUCAUCGCAAACACAGCGGCUAUCCUAAACCGCAAGGACUUUAAAUUAAUUCUGAACGCGUUUGUCAAUGUGAUUACCACCAAAGAUGAAUUUUCGUCGCUGAACAAUCGUUUGCGUAGUAACCUUCCAGCCUCACAGAAAUCUACCAUAUCAUCCAUGCUGGAACCUGCGUUAGACAAAGUGAUUUGGCGAAAGAGCCUGUACUUUGAUCUGCUUAAAGCCAUUCGAGAUCUUACUCUGGAAAAUGGUAACAGCAACAGUUCAGUUCAGGACUCGCCCUGAUAUCAUGUUGCCUCAUCAUAACUGCAACAUCAAUAAGAACACAAGGCAGAUAA